GGGAUAAAGGGCUUCUCGUUUCCGAUCCAAGAUGGCUGCGUCCGUCCCGCGGCGUUUAUGGCCUUUGCUGUCUCGUCCAGGGCUUCGUUCCCGGGGAGACUCUGUCUACAACCAGAACCCAUGGAGAAAUUUUGCUACAGAGAAACGAAGCCCGAAUCUCCUGUACCAGCACGCGCGCGAAGGCUACAGUGCACUCCCUCACCUGGACAUGGAGCUGCUGUGCGCAUGCCCAGAAAAGGUCGCGCGCGCCCUGGAACUUCGCAAGGGGGAGUUGCGGCCCGCGGACCUGCCAGGGAUCAUCUCCACGUGGCAGGAGCUGAGGCAGCUGCAGGAGCAGAUCCGGAGCCUGGAGGCUGAGAAGGACACUGUGGCGGAGGCAGUGCGGGCCCUGCUGGUGAACCAGGACCACAGCCAAGUACAGCAGGACCCUCAGUAUCAGGCCCUUCGGACGCGCGGCCGGGAAAUCCGGAAGCAGCUGGUGCUCCUGUACCCCAGGGAGGACCAGCUGGAAGAGCAGUUCUACCUGCAGGCACUGAGGCUGCCCAACCAGACCCACCCAGACGUGCCUGUCGGGAACGAGAGCCAGGCCCGUGUGCUCCAGGUGGUCGGAGACAAGCCAGCUUUCUCCUUCCAACCUCGGGGCCACCUGGAAAUCGGCGAGAAGCUUGACAUCAUCCGGCAGAAGCGCCUGUCCCACGUGUCGGGCCACCGCUCCUAUUACCUGCGUGGCGCAGGGGCCCUCCUGCAGCAUGGCCUGGUCAACUUCACCCUCAGCAAGCUUGUCCGCCGGGGCUUCACCCCCAUGACGGUGCCAGACCUCCUCCGCGGAGCCGUGUUUGAAGGCUGUGGGAUGACCCCUAACGCCAGCCCAUCCCAAGUUUACAACAUCGACCCCUCCCGCUUUGAAGACCUCAACCUGGCUGGGACAGCAGAAGUGGGGCUCGCAGGCUACUUCAUGGACCACAGUGUGGCCUUCAGGGACCUGCCAGUCAGGACUGUCUGUUCAAGCACAUGCUACCGGCCAGAGACAGACACCGGGAGGGAGCCGUGGGGGCUCUACCGGGUGCACCACUUCACCAAGGUGGAGAUGUUCGGGGUGACAGGCCCCGGGCUGGAGCAGAGCUCACAGCUGCUGGAGGAGUUCCUGGCCCUGCAGGUGGAGAUCUUGACAGAGCUGGGCUUGCACUUCCGGGUCCUGGACAUGCCCACCCAGGAGCUGGGCCUUCCUGCCUACCGCAAGUUUGACAUUGAGGCCUGGAUGCCCGGACGAGGCCGCUUUGGAGAGGUCACCAGCGCUUCCAAUUGCACAGAUUUCCAGAGCCGCCGCCUGCACAUCAUGUUCCAGACCGAGACUGGAGAGCUGUGCUUCGCCCACACGGUAAACGCCACAGCCUGCGCCGUCCCCCGUGUCCUCAUCGCCCUGCUGGAGAGCAAUCAGCAAAGGGAUGGCUCGGUCCUCGUGCCCCCUGCCCUUCAGCCAUACCUCGGCACGGAUCGGAUCACAGCACCCACCCACGUGCCCCUCCAGUACAUCGGCCCCAAUCAGCCCCAGAAGCCCAGUCUUCCUGACCAGCUAACACUGAGCUAACACCAGCUAACACUGAGAACCACCUGCACCCAUCUGUGGGUUGUCCCUGCCUCCCGGAACUCACAGGCCCUAGACACUGGGCCCAUCUUCCUGCGUGCAUCCUGCAGCCUGCAUUCCUCACACCAGUUUCACCGCCCCUGCUUCCCACUCCCUGUGAUCAUGGGGCCACCUGCAACAGGAAACAAGAUACCUAAGAUGUGGAAGGGGAAUGGAGCUGUGUGUCUCCUCCUUUGUCCCCUCCCAGCUGAACAGAAAAUCCCAAUAAACAAUUAGAGUGAGCAA